CCCCCGCCUCCCCACCCCAGGCCUUGCCCCCUCCAUCCUCUGCACAGGAAGUGGGCCGGCCCUGGGGUUUAGCCUGUGCCGGCCCCAUCAGCCGUCUGCUACCUGGGCCCGCCAGAGCCGGGGCAGGGCCCUGGGGAGAUGGCUGCGGUCCCAGCAGCGGAGAGAACCGGAGAGAGCACGCCACGGCCCCAUGUCUCAGCCAGGGCUUCCUUCCCCAGCUCCCACCCCUGGAUGUGAUGGCGGCUCCUGCUCUGUCCUGGUGUCUGUCCCUCGUCAUCCUCCUCCUGCCCCUGGCCAUCCCUCGGGUGUCCACAGCGGUGAACGACGCCUCCAAGCUCUCGUGCUUCUACAACUCGAAAGCCAACAUCUCCUGCGUCUGGAGCCGGGAUGAUGGCCUGCAGGCCACGUCCUGCAGCAUCCACGCCAAGUCGGAUAAACGGACAUGGAGCAAAUCCUGUGAGCUGCUCCCAGUGAGGCCGGCAACCUGGGCUUGUAACCUGAUCCUCGGACCCCCAGAUUCUCAGAAGCUGACCUCGGCUGACACCGUCAACAUGAGCGUGCUGUGCCUCGAGGGGGAGAAGUGGAGGAUGGCGCUGACCCAGGACUUCAAGCCCUUCGAGAACCUUCGCCUGAUGGCCCCCGACUCCUUCCACAUCAUCCACCUAGGGACCCACAGAUGCAACGUGACCUGGAGCGUGUCCCAGUCUUCCCACUACAUUGAAAAAUACCUGCAGUUUGAGGCCCGGACAAGGUCCCCGGGCCACAGCUGGGAGGAGGCCACCCUACUGACCCUCAAGCAGAACCAGCAGUGGAUCUGCCUGGAGACGCUCGCUCCAGACACCUCGUAUGAGCUUCAGGUGCGGGUCAGGCCCCAGCUGGACAACCCCAAGGCUUGGCGCCUCUGGAGCCCCUGGAGCCAGCCCCUGGCCUUCAGGACGAGGCCCGCAGCCCCGGGGAAGGAGAACUUGCCUGUUAUUCGGUGGGGCCACAUCUCUGUGGGCCUCAGUGGCGGCUUUGGCUUCAUCAUCUUGGUCUACCUGCUGGUCAACUGCCGGUACAUCGGGCAGUGGCUGAAGAAGGUUCUGAAGUGUCACAUCCCAGACCCCUCCGAGUUCUUUUCCCAGCUGAGCUCCGAGCAUGGAGGAGAUUUCCAGAAGUGGCUCUCCUCGCCCUUCCCCUCGUCCUCCUUCAGCUCCAGCGGCCCGGCGCCGGAGAUCUCCCGGCUGGAGGUGCUGGACAGGGAUGCCAAGGCCACACAGCUGCUCCUGCUGCAGCAGGAGCAGGCGCCCUCGCCUGCGGCCGAGACCAGCGGCCACUCGCUGGCCAGCUGCUUCACCAACCAGGGCUACUUCUUCUUCCACCUCCCGGACGCCCUGGAGAUCGAGGCCUGCCAGGUCUACUUCACUUACGACCCCUGCGCAGAGGAGCUCGACGAGGGGGGGCCCCUCCCAGCCCUGCCGCCUCUGCCGGGCGAGGACGAUGCCUACUGCACCUUCCCCCCCGGGGAGGACCUGCUGCUCUUCUCGCCCAGUCUCCUGGGUGGCCCAAGCCCCCCGAACACUGCCUUAGGGCGCAGCAGGGCCAGUGAAGAGAGGCCGCCCCCCGCCCUGCAGGAGGGAGCCCCUGCAGACUGGGCCCCGCAGCCCCCGGCACCUCUGAAGGCAGAGGACCCCGACCUGGUGGAUUUCCAGUCACCCCCCGAGCAGCCGCUGGGAGAGGCAGGAGAGGAGGUCCCUGCCCCCAGCCCUGGGGAGGGGGCCAGCUUCCCCUGGGCCAGCCCUCCCGGGCAAGGCCAGGUCAGGGCCCCCGCCUCCCGCCUGACCCUGAACGUGGAUGCCUACCUGUCCCUCCAAGAGCUCCAGAAUCAGGACCCAGCUCACUCGGUGUAGACAGACGGCCAGGGGUGGGAGGCAGGUGGCUGCCCACCGCUGCGCCAGGUCAAGUUGAGGACUCUGUGUCCUUGGGGCUUGUCCAGCUGCCCCCUG